AUGGCGAAGGCUCUCAUGCUGUCGUGCUUGGCCCUCGUGCUCUUGGUCGGCAUCCUGGAGGCCACUCCAAGUAAGUAAGGCUGUGUUGCAGCCCGCCUAACCCUUUCCCUCUCCCGCUUCGGCUGUCUUCCAGGGGUAGACCUCGUGAACGGGUUUAGAGGCGCGCGUUCUCACGAGUAGCUUGACACGGGUUAUCUCUCCCUGUGCCCACUGGCCCAGAAUUUAGCACCGUGAAACUCGGUGGGUUUUAAUUAUAUACGCGGUGGCACUGCUAAAGAAUUAAAAGAUCCAUAGGGGCCGACGUGGAAUAUGUCAAGCAGGCUUUAGCCUAAGAAACAUUGUGCUAUCCUGAAUUAUUUAAACCGCAGUUCUAAGUGUGUUUACUCCGAAAUAAGGACGGCGACCUUGGCGAACAAACCUAAUUAUGCUUUCCCCCCUAAGUCCCACUGUGGUCUUACUCCUGUGUAGGAUUUCCGCCUGAGCUUUUAAAGGUGCUACAGUGUUCCUUAGUGUUUGUGAUCCUAAACAUCAUAUUAAGCAAUCGCUAUGGAACACAACUGGGCUUUUCAUAGAAUCCAAGAGUUAUGAGACCCUGAGGAUCAUCUAGUCUAACCCCCUGCAAUGCAGGCAUACGCAGCUCUCCCUUACGGGGAUCGAACCUACAACCUUCAUAUGCCUGUAUGCUUUUUUCCUAACCAACUGAGCUAUGUUGUUUUACUUCUGAGUAAACACGUAUAGGUUGUGUUGUUUUAGUUCAUCCUGUUGGGUAAUUGGGGUGAUUAAAAGAGUUAAGAGUGCCUCCUUGAUUAUUUUUGGGGUUUUUGUGGGGGGCCUAAUCCGUGUUUUGCUGAAGCUGAUGGGGCAGAAGGAAGCAGCUGACCUGAGUGAGUCAGUAGAAAACAACAAAGGCUCAUGAUGGCUUCCCUGCAUCUGAGAAGUUUUUUUCGUCUUCCUUUGUGCUUCUAACUUCUUAAAACAUCGUUGGUUCCUUUGUUAGACUUCCGGCCCAAACCACAAGUGCAGGGCUCCCAACAGAUGCUGUCUUAGUUCUAGAAUGCAAAAUGGGAGUUGACUCGAGAAGAGGGAGGGCGGAAGUAUUGUCUGUUCAGUGGGAUUUUUUGGAGCUCAAGGUACCGGCUGAUUCCAAUGAGACAGUAACAUCCUGAUAAAAGGAACACUUUUUGUUAUGUGGUGCCGUUCUUUGUAAGCUAAGCUUGAAGUGCUUCCUUCCUUCCUUUACUGUAGACUAGAGGUUUUUACAGCUGUUAAACUCAGGAGAAUAAAAUUUCUAAAAUGUGAAUUUAGGCAGUUUACAGGUAAAUUCACACACACGCACCCACCCACCCACCCACCCCACAACCAUUUUGUCGGGAAGGGAUAGCUCAUAUUCACUAUCUCCCUAGGAGAAAGAAAGGGGGUAUUUAAACUAGCUAUCACCCGCCUCUCCCAAAAGCUGCUGCCCUCUGUGCCCAAUCCUGCCCCCACAUAGUGACAGCACCUACAUGAUACUCUCUUCCCCCAGCGAUAUUCCUCAGGAGAAGGAAGCCCACAUGUGCUGACCCUUGUUUUGGGGCCCAUUUCAAUUCCCCCUACUGCUUUCCUGAAAAUCUCCUUCCUGUUUUGGGUUUCCAGCUCAUGUAUGUGCAAAGGGUCAGCUUUAGAAUUUUUUGGGGCCAAAAAUGAGGUGCCAGUACUUUUAUGUUGAUAAAAGUGUCAUGGGUGCCGUCACAAAAUGGCUGCUGUGGGCGACAAAAGAAAGAAAGAGAGAGAGUUGGCCGUACUUUGCACCAGUGAGUACUGUCAUAAAAAAGCCCUUGAUAAGCUUGUGUUGAAAGCUGGAAAUGCUGCCAGGGCAAUAGUGGAAAACUUAAAAAGAGGCUCACAGGGCCAAGCUACACAAGUCUCAGGAAGUCUGCCACAAGAUCUCCCAGUGCUUUCAUUUUUACUUAAAAGCAGCCAGUGCAGGACUGCUUUAGAUUGAGGCUCUGGCCUGACAUAGUUUUCCCAUCGCAGCACCCCUCUGAAGCCUCUGCCACAGAAGAACACACCUUGGUGUUUAUUUCCACUGUAGAGCUAAUAGCAGUUUGAGGAGAAGACACUUGGGCCAGAAAACACCCCCUUAAUCACUGCUGCUUUUAUGAAACUUGAGCACACCCGCAGCUGCUUUUAUGUCAAAAUAAUGGUGGGUUGUAUCUAACAGCACUAAGUAACUUGUUCUGGUAGAGCAAAGAUUAAGGGUACAUCUGCACCUCAGUUUGCACCACCGCUUUCCCCCAGGGAAACCUGACCUUUAGUAUCAAAUUGGAACAAAUGGCAGUCGUGUUUUCUGCAGAUCACGGUUUGUUUGGAUUUAGCACUAAAGAGUGGAAGUGGGAAGGCAGCGAGGCAAAGGAAAAACUGCUCGGAUCUGUGCUUUAUAGGCAUGGGACAAGUGAAAGUGUGCGAAAGCGCUUAUGCUUGUGCAUCUGAACUAAAUCUGUUACGUGAGUUGCUUCAACCCUUUGCAGUGGAUUUGGGAAGGGUGUGCCAUAGUGUGGGAAUGGAGGGGAAGUUGUGCAAGUGUAAAUCCCUGCACUAAUGGACCAAGUUUCUGGAUACUACCUCCUGGUGCACUUUUGCCUCAGAGUAGACGGACAAUUAGAAAUCUUGUCCCUGAAAUUGUCCUUCCACUCAGCAGUUGAAGCCGUUGUCUGAAAAUGAAGGGUGGGUGAUCCAUUGCACUUUGUGGCCCAGGGUUGAGGACGGGAUGUGUCUUAAUCCUUGCCCCAAGCUGCUUUGCCUUUUGAGUUUCCAGAUGUGUAAAACAUUCAUCUGGAACACUGGGGGGUGGGGAGUGAAAGGCAGUGGCAAGGAGGUGGCCAGCAGGGAAGGAGUUAAACACACACUAGAAUGUUCCUUUAAUUUCAAAUACAUAAACAGUGGAGACCUACAUUUAUAUCUGCUACGUCUUCUGCGGUGGAACUCAAGGUGGUUAUUAACAUAUAAUUUAUCCAUUGCCCCUUGCUGGCUCAUUUCCAGGGACUUUCUGACUAGUCAUUGGCCUUUGACCAGUUCUGUUUUCAUUACUAUCACAUGCAGCUAGAAAAGCAAGUGAAAUGGCGUCUUGGUCUUUUAUGAGUGCAGAUCAAAUGUUGCUUUCACUUUUUAUUUCCCUUUUCUCCUGGUACGUACGCAGUAAUCUUCUGGUUUUUCAGGCCCAGAACCUACCUUUAGGACAUCUUUAGCCCCAAAACAUGCAUUUGGGGACCCCCUCUUUUUAUUGUAUAUUAGUACACUGGUAGAGUGCUGUUGUGAACCACCUUUAGGUUAGGCUGCAACCUAGUAGGGGAAGAUGAAUGGCAUAGAGCAGGAAUAGGCAACUUGUGGCCCUCCUUGUGUUGUAGGACUCCAGCUCCAAUCAGCCCCAGCUAUCAAUGGCUAGUGAUCCAGGUUGAUUGGAGUUGUAGUCCAACAAAAUCUAGAGGACCGCAGAUUUCACAGGUCGGGAGAAGGGCGGCAGUGCAGUUCUGCUUUGCAUGCUGAACAUUCUACAUUCAAUGCAUGGCACCUCCAGGACAGGUAAGGCUAGAAAGACACUUGUAUGUAUCCACAGAAAGUCAAAUACAUGCAGGGGGCAGCAAAUCACAGGAGCAGGCACCAGCAAAAAAUCACUAUGUGGGGAAAUCUGUUAAGCCAGCCAAUGACUCUACUUCACCCUUAUUUCAAGCAUAGUGAUAUAUCGUUAAACCGUGAUGUUUAGAUGUUGAAAACCAGAUACCACCUUGGACUAGUGGGCUCCUGUUCUAUGUGUAUGUAGCAAAAUGGACCACAUGGGCUAUUUCAGUCUCUGACGGUACAGUGGCACCUCGGGUUAAGAACUUAAUUCAUUCUGGAGGUCCGUUCUUAACCUGAAACUGUUCUUAACCUGAGGUACCACUUUAGCUAAUGGGGCCUCCCGCUGCCACCGCGCCACCGCUGCCUGAUCUCCGUUCUUAUUCUGAAGCAAAGUUCUUAACCUGAGGUACUAUUUCUGGGUUAGCAGAGUCUAUAACCUGAAGCGUAGCGGAGUCUGUAACCUGAAGCGUCUGUAACCCGAGGUACCACUGUAUACAUGCAGCUUCUUGUAUGGAAGGAAUGUCCAGGUAGGAAAUUUAUCUCCUAGGUCGGAUAUAGCCCUUGAGUGCGCAGCUAAUAAAGCAUGGCAGAUGAUAACCUGUAUCCUUAAACCUUGCCUUUUUACCUCUUUCACCCAUUCCUACAGGAACUCCCAACGUACAAGUUUAUUCCCGCUAUCCUGUGGAGAAGGGCAAAGAAAACAUUGUGAAUUGCUAUGUGGACAACUUCCACCCUCCCAAAAUCAACAUCACAAUUGAGAAGGGCGGGAAGCCACUUGAAGAUGUGAAACAGUCUGACCUUUCUUUUGAUAAAACCUGGGCCUUCAAUCGCCUUGUCUAUGCCAAGGUCACUCCAGAUGGGGAAGAAGUUGCCUGCAGAGUGGAACACAGCACCCUUGUUGGACCAAAAGUUGUCAAAUGGGGUGAGUAUCUGCCACUGUGGUCUACUUUCUUUUCCCUUUCUUUUUCUUGUCAAGUCUUGAAACAUGAACAGCUGUUCUCUGCCAUCUGUAGUCCCUCCAGAAAACACCCGUCUUCAGAUGACAUUCACAGGCUAAGAUUUGCAUCUGUACGUUGCUACAAAUUGUCAUGAACAACUAGUCAUCCUUUGCAAGAGCAGCAGACAUUCAUUGACCAUAAUCUUUCAGCAAAUUGCAAGAAAUCUGUAGGCACUUCAGAUUAACGCUGUCAUAAAAUAUUGGACCAAUUUAUGUCCGAGAGACACUUACCUUGUUUUCUUCUUCUGCAGAGCAAGAGUAAUAACCAAAUGACCCCUCAGCAGGAAAGGUAAGAUAUAGAUGAUUAUUAUUUAAUUUAAUCAUCACUUUUUACAAAAGUGUAGUUAUUUUACAAAAAAUAACUAAUGAAUGAUAAUGUGAUUAUUUUUUUUAUUUAAAGAAAUAUCUUUCCUUUCUCUCAUAAGGAACAAAUCAAUCAAUUUUUUGUUGGACUAGUUAUAAACUGUGAGUGAAAACAGAUAUAAUAUGAAAAGGAACUUGCACCUAAUUCUUGAGCUAUAUCUUUUACUCCCAGCUGCAGUUACUGUGAUGGAUGUAUCUGGCAGCGAAUCAAUCUUUGGUUUGGCCCACCAUCUGCCCUACUUCACUAUUCCAGUGGGCUUUUUGCCUUUUUUUAAUUUUUAUUUUUAAAAAUUGAAUUGCCAUCCAGACAUUUAUUUGUCGGAGGGGGUUGGUUGGUCUGAAUUGAGGAAAUAUGGAAGCUUUUUCAGAUGGCCAAACUGCUCUAGAGAUUGAGGGUAGGUGGGUUUGUGACAUCUGAGGUACUAGCCAAUCGGUGCCACGUAAUGCCAGAUUCUCCACAAAUUUGCAAGACCAGUUUUUUCCAGAACUCUGUCUUCUAGUGUCUUACUAUAACAUAGCUUUACCCCUUGCGAUGAUACUUUGUGGAGAGAUCAAAGACUAUUGUUUCCCCCUUUCCUCACAUUGUUUAAAAAUAUGUCUUCAUUGUGUGUGAGGGGGUAUUGUAUUGCUUUUGAAUCUGUUUUUAGCUGUUCCAUUACUAAGUCACCUUGAAACUCAGGAAAGGUGAUUCAUAAAUUAAUAAAAUAGUUCUAUUCAGCUAGCUUUUACUCAAGAGUGGAGCCAUUCAAAUUCAUGGAGCAAAGUUAGCCAUAGCUAUUUCAGUGUAGCUACUCUGAGUUACCGUAAAUAAAAAGCUGAGUACAACACAUUUUAAUAUAUAAUAAUUAUUUCAAAAUGCUGGGGGUUCCAAGACUUAACUUUAGGUGGGGAGCACAAGGCUUCUUCAGUGCUUCCAUGUUAGGCAUUUAUAGUGUAAUCCUAACCAUGUAUACUCAGAAGUAAGUCCUGUUGAAUUCAGUGGGACUUACUCUCAGGUAAAGAGUUCAGAUUGGAGCAUUAGUGUGGAAUUGCUGUGCUCUGUUUCUUCCCUUCAUACAAGGCAUCCACACACCACCAGCACCCAGUCAGUCAUAGCUGUUCUGUAUUUUCCCCAUGGCUCUCUUUCUCAAAGGGCCUAAAGCCCAACUUUUUUCAGAAGGAACAGAAGAGUAGCACAAUAUUCAUCAGUGCAGAUGCCCUUUGGGCCACUCUUCUGACUUUUAUUCAAGAGUCAGUCUUGGACGUAUAUCAGGAAACUGAAUCUAUCACAGCUCAGCACACAUUUGUUAGAACUUUUACCGUGGGUGCCACCUUGCUUUUGUGGGUGGUUCCCCCCCCCCCAAAGGAAUUGCUUAUUGCUAAAAUAUUUUUUUCUGGCUACAAUCACAAGGAAAGAAACAGGAAAGAAAGACCGUAGAAUGCUGUGAGAAUGUGCAAUCUGCUGGGCAGAGUAAAUGAGAACGUGGGAAGCCCUCAGAGUUCCAAACCUCUCUCAACUUCUGAGGUGCUGGGUGAACCCUCAAGUCUUUUAAUCAGCAUUCAGGUCAGGGGGAGCAGCCACUGUGAUGAAUAUCCUAUUGAACAUAUUAUACCCCUUGGGGCAAAACUGAAAGUACCCUUUUAGUGAGUCAUCCCAUUGGUCCAUCUAGCUCAGCAUCGUUUACACUGACUGGCAGCUCUCUAGGGGUCUUCCCCAGCCUUGCCAGGAAAUGUCGGGGGUUGAACCUGGGGAAUUCUGCAUCCAAAGCAGGAUGGCUAUGACCCUAUUCCCCCCCAACCAUAUGUACUCCUCUUUACUGUCCUCCCCAUCCUGACCCACCACUGGUUAUACACAGCUAGUUUUCCCUUGCAUCUCAUGCUCUCCAGCUCAGUCUUGGUCUUUUCUCGGGGAGGGGCACAAUAUAACUUCCUCCGCUGCUGCCCUCUCUCCCUCCUCCCCAACCACAUUUCCUGUUUAUGCAAUAGGAGGAAGGAGGAGUAUGGCAGGCAGCCAUUUUGUUGUACUUGCCACAGCACAUAAUUUUCAGCCUGCCCAUGUAUAGCAAUAAUAAUUAAUAAUAAUUUUAUCAUUUAUAUCCCUCUCAUCUAGCUGAGUAUCCCCAGCCACUCUGGGCCAUGCCACAACAUGGAUGCCAGUACCAACCAACUCCUUUCAGUGUUCAUUUUAAACGAUUUCUUUAAAAAUACCUUUUUGGUCACUGGCAACUGUAUUGAUAAAUGACCAGAAACUGUUGGUGGGGUGUUGUUGGUUUUUUUGGGGGGGUAUGGUGGCGGCAAACUAUUUUUAAAAAAUCAGCAUUGGUGGAUUAUAGCGUCAUAAUACAAAUUAUAUUUUACCAUUAUGGUGUGCUAACAUUACACUUUUCUAAUUAUAUAUUUAGCUGCACACAGAUAACUCUUAGCAAUUGUAGCCUUAUGAGGCUUUGCCCUCGGGUGGGAAAAAUAUUGCGCCCGGGAAAGGGAAGUGGGAGUCAACAGACACUCAAGGAAUAGUUUCGGAGAAAAGGCUUUUAUUUCUACCAUCCAUGAACUGAUAGAAGGAGCAAGUGUGAUAGUUCACAAAAAGCAUGCACGAGUUCACAGUCAUGUGCACAAGCUUAUAUACCCCUUUCCAGUUCCCUCCUCCUUUCUCCUCCCUCAGGAGUCCUGCCCAUGAGUUCCUCUGAGCAUGAACAGAAAGCUGUCUUGGGACUAUUGGACUCUUCCCAGGAAAAGGGGGGGGGUGAGAAGCCUUGCGUUCAGUUUGUUCAGAUGUGUUGCAACUGGAAUGAGAUAAGAUUCGUUUCUCAGGCCUGAGUAUUCUUGGCAAUGACAGAGCCUAUUCAUUAGCCUUUAAAAGUAACAUUUUGCCUAUGCACAGCAUCUUGUGAGAAUAAGCAGAGACAAGCAGAGAAAAGCUGUUUUGGAUUUUUUAGAAGACAAAAGGAGUUUUGGACAGUUUUGAGGCCUGGGGUGAUUUCAGACAGGAUUUGGGUAUCCUGUCCCUUCACAAUAAGGAACAGACUGGUUUUUAAAAAUAAAUGCAAACCAUAAAAUGUACCCACCACAAGGGUUAUAUUGAAUGUAUGCUGAAGUUCCUAUGGCCCCAUCUACAACCACUGUGUCAUUCCCUGGGGUGGUGGUGGUAUAUGAAACCUACCAUUUCCCACUGUGUAAAAAGGCCACUCCUUGUAGUUUGCGACAGAAGAGCAAAGCAGCCUUGCCCCACAGUCGUAGAAAAAGGCAGGAUACGAAGGGAACAGGAAAACAAAUACAUGCAAGGAUGAAUUUCUCCCCUAAAGUCCAACACUGUUUUUAUUUUAUUAUUUCAUGUAUAUCCCACCUCCCUCCCCCUGCUGCCCAAGAAACGCAAGGUAACAUGCAUGCUUCUCUGCCUCUGCUCCCAUUUUAUCCUCAGUCGUAUGAGGUAGUUUAGGCUGGGAUGAUGACGAUGACGAUGAUGAUAAUAAUAAUAAUUUAUUGUUUAUACCCCACCCAUCUGGCUGGGUUCCCCCAGCCUCUCUGGGCAGCUCCCAACAGAAUAUUAAAAACACGAUAAAACAUCAAACAUUAAAAACUUUCCUAAACAGGGCUGCUUUCAGAUGUCUUCUAAAAGUCAGAUAUCUGCUUAUUUCCUUGACAUCUGAUGGGAGGGCAUUCCACAGGGCAGGUGCCGCCACCAAGAAGGCCCUCUGCAUGGUCCCCUGUAACCUCACUUGUCGCAGUGAGGGACCUGCCAGAAGGCCCUAUGCCUAGCCCAACAUCACCCAGCAAGUCUCUUGGCUGAUUUGGGAAUUCGAACCCUGGACUGCCAGACCCUAGUCCAACACUCUAGCCACUACACCACAUGCUCCCCAACCGUUCUGAAAUCAGUAUUGCUGCCUAUAUUGGGGUGGAGAGGGGGGGCUUGAGACUAAGAGAGAGAGGGAGUGACUUGGUCAAGGCCACCCAGUGAGUUCCUGGUGAACCAAGAGAUUUCUGGAUUUGCAGCUCAGCCCUUAGUUAGCUCUCCCAAUACUUCUCACUGUUCAAAGUGCUCUUCUACAUAGACAUUCUGCCUUCCCCUGCCACUAACAGGAAAGAUUAGGUUGCAAUAAUGAUGCUCAAGACCACAUUGAGGUUAAUUGUAGUUUGGCAGCAUUUUUUUUUCACAUGAGUCAGUAUAAAAGUUGGUUUUAUGUUUUUUCUCUCCAGGUCCAAAGAGCCUGCCUUUUGA